AUGGCUUGUUAAGAUCUUUAUCAAUAUUCUAAAUGGUUUGAUUCAAUGCAUUUUAAUGAAAGCUAUUUCAAAAGUUUAAAUAAGUCACGGUAAAUGUCAGAUAAGAUUGACUUAUCUGACAUUUAUUUGAAGUUGAGAAAAUGGCUCGCCGCUAUGACACUAGAACCAUAAUUUUCUCCCCCGAGGGUAGAUUAUACCAGGUUGAAUACGCGAUGAAAGCCAUAAGUAAUGCAGGCACAUGUCUGGGUAUUUUAGCGAACGAUGGAAUUUUCAUGGCCGCAGAAAAACGCAACACCAAUAAACUUCUUGAUGAAGUAUUUCCAACAGAAAAAAUCUACCAGCUAAACGAAAAUAUGGUUUGCAGUGUGGCUGGGAUAUCGUCAGACGCUUACAUAUUGAGAAACGAAUUAAGAUUGAUUGGGCAAAGGUACUUGUAUCAAUAUAAUAGGCCAAUUCCAUGUGAACAGUUGGUGUCGUGGUUGUGUGACACUAAGCAGGCAUACACACAAUUUGGUGGAAAACGUCCUUUUGGUGUUUCUCUUUUAUACAUGGGAUGGGACAUUCACCAUGGAUAUCAACUGUAUCAGUCUGAUCCAAGUGGUAAUUAUAGUGGAUGGAGGGCCGUUUGUAUUGGAAAUAAUAGUAGUUCAGUCACAUCUCUAUUGGCACAGGAGUACAAGAACGGAGAAAUGACUCUAAAUGAUUCUACACAUCUCGGCAUGAAAGUCCUAUUUAAAGCGCUAGAUAUGACAAAAUUAACUGCUGACAAAAUUGAAAUUGCAACCUUAAGAAGGGUUAACGAUAAAACGCUAAUUAACAUAUUAUCUAAAAAGGAAAUUCAAGAUUUAAUACAUGAUUUUGAGAUGAAACAAUCUCCGGCUGAGGUACCCUCAAAGAUAAUGAAAAUAAAUAAUUAGUGUUUACUAAUUUUGCAAUAUUAUGUAAUUUUAUUGUUAUACUCUAAUA